GUCUUCCUGAAGGUGGGGUUCGGGGAAGGCCAGCCCGCGGUCACGCCGGCUGUGGGAAGGGAAAGUGGGCUCCCCGGGCUACUGUUUCCGGGUGCUCGGGGCGUGGGCCGAACGGGGGUCGGACCGGGGAUCAGGAGGGUUUCCGGGAGCGCCGCGGGCGCUCGGCAGGCGGGAGUUGAGGACUAGGCCGGCCGCGCGGUUGACUCGCCCCGCGGAGGCCUCACCGCGAGCGCGCCUGUGGGGGUUUCCAUGGUGACAGUAAACAAGCCUCAACUGCCUCAGCUACAACUGCCAAGUCCCCGGGGUUCCACCCUCUAGGUGCUCUGAGGGCCGGCGAGGUUCCGGAUGUGAGUGGGGAGCGUGGAGACAAGAAGCCCGAGGUUGAGAACAAAAAGAAGAUGCACCUGGACUUUCCCCGGAGCCCUCUGCGUUUUUAAGGCGUCGGGUGGAGUUUGGGUUCGUAAGCUGCGUUCAUUAUUGAAAAUAGAAGUCACUUCUACCUUCCUCCCCUGGAAAACUUACUAUCUUCCAUUAAGUGUUUCCUACAGAAGGCAUCUGUGGUGGUUCUUUAAGCUACAAAAAAUUGCCCAGGCUUGUGUGACAACAGCCCUGUCAAGUGUCCAUGAUGCUGGGCCCUGAGGGAGGUGAAGGCUAUGUGGUCAAACUCCGUGGCCUACCCUGGUCCUGCUCAAUUGAGGACGUACAAAACUUCCUCUCCGACUGCACCAUUCAUGAUGGGGUCGCAGGUGUUCAUUUCAUUUAUACUAGAGAAGGCAGGCAGAGUGGUGAGGCUUUUGUUGAACUUGAGUCAGAAGAUGAUGUAAAAUUGGCUCUGAAAAAAGACAGGGAAAGCAUGGGACACCGAUAUAUUGAGGUGUUCAAGUCACACAGAACCGAGAUGGAUUGGGUGUUGAAGCACAGUGGUCCAAACAGCGCCGACAGUGCCAAUGAUGGCUUUGUGAGGCUUCGGGGACUCCCAUUUGGAUGCACAAAGGAAGAAAUCGUUCAGUUCUUCUCAGGGUUGGAAAUUGUGCCAAACGGGAUCACACUACCUGUGGACCCGGAAGGCAAGAUUACAGGGGAGGCCUUCGUUCAGUUUGCCUCACAAGAGUUAGCCGAGAAAGCUUUAGGGAAGCACAAGGAGAGAAUAGGGCACAGGUACAUUGAAGUGUUCAAGAGCAGCCAGGAGGAAGUUAGGUCAUACUCAGAUCCACCUCUGAAGUUUAUGUCUGUGCAGCGGCCUGGGCCUUAUGACAGGCCUGGCACAGCCCGGAGGUACAUUGGCAUUGUGAAACAGGCAGGCCUGGAUAGGAUGAGGUCUGGUGCCUAUAGUGCAGGCUAUGGGGGCUAUGAAGAAUACAGUAGCCUCAGUGAUGGCUAUGGCUUCACCACUGACCUGUUUGGGAGAGACCUCAGCUAUUGUCUCUCAGGAAUGUAUGACCACAGAUACGGAGACAGCGAGUUCACAGUGCAGAGCACCACCGGCCACUGCGUCCACAUGAGAGGGCUGCCCUACAAAGCAACGGAGAACGACAUUUACAACUUCUUCUCUCCACUCAACCCUGUGAGAGUUCAUAUUGAGAUUGGUCCUGAUGGAAGAGUGACCGGAGAAGCUGAUGUUGAGUUUGCUACUCAUGAAGAAGCAGUGGCAGCUAUGUCCAAGGACAGGGCCAACAUGCAGCACAGAUACAUAGAACUCUUCCUGAAUUCAACAACUGGGGCUAGCAAUGGGGCUUAUAGCAGCCAGGUGAUGCAGGGCAUGGGUGUGUCAGCUGCCCAGGCAACUUACAGUGGCCUGGAGAGCCAGUCAGUGAGUGGCUGUUACGGGGCCGGCUACAGCGGUCAGAACAGCAUGGGUGGAUAUGAUUAGUAUUGUAGGAACAUGAGUUAUUUCAAUCAAAAUUUCACAGGCAGCCAAUAAGCAGUCAAGAGCAGUUUAUAACUAGAGGAAGCUGGGGGACCCACUUUGCACCAUGAGUUUGUGAAAUCUGGAUUAAAAAAUUACCUCUUCAGUGUUUCUCAUGCAAACUUUUCUUCUAGCAUGUAAUAUUGAGUAAACUAAAACUAUUUUCUUCCGCUUUUCUCAAUUAACAUUUUUGGUAGUAUACAUAAGAGUGAUGUUAUCUGAGUUAAGUAGUUUAUAAGUAUGUUGAGUGGAUCUUUAAGCACACCACAGUGAACACACUGGGGACAUGUACUUUUCUGGAGAACUCAAAGGUGCUAGAUCCCUGAUGCAAAGAGAAGCAUUUCUCAUGUUCAUUCUAGUUUAUAUUUUCAUUUAAAAUCUUUAGGUUAAGUUUAAGCUUUUUAAAAGUUAGUUUUGAGAAUUGAGACACAAUACUAAUACUGUAGGAAUUGGUGAGGCCUUGACUUAAAGCUUUCUUUGUACUGUGAUUUCCUUUUGGGUGUAUUUUGCUAAGUGAAACUUGUUAAAUUUUUUGUUAACUAAAUUUUUUUCUUAAAAUAAAGACUUUUUCACAAUGA